CGUGUUCCCAUCGUCGACGACAAGUGCUUGACGAAUUACCGACCAAUGAUGUGUUUGGCAUUAACAUUCCGCAGUGCGAAGGCGAUGGAAAGUUCUAUCGUGCAGAGCAGUGUCGUGUGGGCACCGAGCAGUGCUGGUGCGUAA